AUGCCAACUUAUAAACUAACAUAUUUUCCCUCUCGUGCGAGGGGGGAAUUAAUUCGCCUUAUAUUCACAAUUGUUGGACAAACAUACAAAAAUGACAUUAUUGCGAUGGCAGACUGGCCGCUCUUUAAGAGAAAGAUGCCCACAGGGCAGCUGCCAGUCCUGGAGGUGGAUGGAAAGCAGCUGUCACAGAGUCUAGCUAUAGCCCGUUAUCUAGCCAGGGAAUUCGAUCUGGCAGGUCAUAGCAGUCUGGAGCAGUGCUUGGUAGACCAGGUGGUGGAUACAGCCGCAGACGCGUUUACGGAGUACUAUGAAUAUUUCAAGUUGCAAAGGAAAACGAAGAUCAAGGGCAAAAAGGUUGAACUUCAGAAAACCUUUGUAAAUGAAACUGUUCCAAGGUUUGCGAGGAUCUUCAACAAUUUUAUGGAAAGCAACGGAGGAGAGAACAUGUACUUUGUUGGUACUCAAAUGACAAUAGCAGAUCUUGCCUGUUACGAUAUCUUCACGUCAUUUCUUUUGUUGAACCCGAAUGCUUUGCAAGACUUUCCCAAAUUGAAGGCAAACCGCCGAAAAAUUGAAGAGAACGAGAGAUUGAACCAAUACUUGGCAAAGCGCCUGAAGAGCUCUAUCUAA